AAAAAGAUAACCUGCUCGGCAACAAACUCACACCAAAAGUUCAAACAUUUCCAUCAAGUAACAAGUUGAAAAUAACAUAUUUAGUUAUUUACGAAUGAGCGUGGCGUGGGAGUGUACUGCAUGAUUGCCGGAUUAUCUCUGUUGAAUUUUUAUUAAUUUCUCCAAUCUUUAAAUUUACUAUUUAAUUAUGCAAUUUGCUGGUAAAGUAGUAUUGAUAACAGGAGCGAGUUCUGGCAUUGGUGCUGCUACAGCAAAACGGUUUGCAGCAUUAGGUGCCAGUGUCGUGUUAACUGGAAGAAAUGAAGCAAAUUUAAAAAAAGUUGCCUCUGAAUGCAAAGUGCCUCCAAAUACACCAACUCCACAUGUAGUCACUGGAGAACUGACAAAUGAAGCUGAUACAAAAGCCAUCUUAGAUUCCGCUGUUAAGCAUUUCGGAAAAUUAGAUGUUUUGGUCAACAAUGCUGGUAUUAUUGAAAGUGGCAGUAUCGAAAACACAUCUUUGGAACAAUAUGAUCGUUUAAUGAACAUUAACAUGCGUUCAAUAUUUCAUUUAACAAUGUUAGCCACACCGUUUUUAAUACAAUCAAAAGGGAAUGUCGUAAAUGUAUCUAGUGUUAACGGCAUUCGUGCAUUUCCGGGAGUUUUAGCUUAUUGCUUAUCUAAGGCAUGUGUCGAUCAAUUUACAAGAUGUACAGCGCUGGAAUUAGCUAGUAAACAAGUUCGAGUAAAUUGUGUUAAUCCUGGCGUUACAACUACCAACUUACAUAAACGUAGCGGAAUGAACGAUGACCAGUAUCAACAAUUUUUAAGUAGAACUAAGGACACUCAUGCACUCGGCAGACCAGGUAAUCCAAAUGAGGUUGCUGCCACUAUUACAUUUUUGGCUAGCGAUGAUGCAAGCAACAUAACAGGUGCUUCGUUACCUGUGGACGGUGGCCGUCAUGCUAUGUGUCCAAGAUAAGAAGACUGGUCACCUUGAUAUUUGUCAUUUAUUGUUUCUUAUGUACACAUAAUUAUGCAUUUACCAACUGAAAUUAAUAAUAAAUGUACCUCUACAUCUGUUGCUAUA